AUGUCUUUCGGCUUCUCUGCCAGCGACGUUAUCGCUCUCUUGAAUUUGGCGAGAGGCGUAUACAAAGGGUGGAAAAGAGCCUGUGGUGACUAUGCCGAGAUUACCCGCGAGCUGGAUGCAUUUAAAAACAUUAUAGCCAGGGUGGAAGUCGAAACUCGAGCACCCAGUUCGUUACUUCAACGAGAUCCCCAGGCCCUCAAAGAGUGCAGAAAGCUGUUGAAGGGAUGCAGCCCUCUCCUCGAAGGAUUGCGCAAAAUCCUGAGGGAAUAUUCGAGCCUUGGUACAGAUCAAAAAAGUACUUGGGAGCGAAUCAGGUUUCAGAGCAGCAGUCUGCAGUCCCUUCGCGAUGAACUUGUUAGAAAGACGACAUGCUUACAUGCCUAUCUCUCCGCGCUUGGAUUCAGUUCACUUGGCCGCAUCGAGAACGGAAUGAGUUCACUUGGCCGCAUCGCGAACGAAAUCUUUCCGCAGCUGCUCGACAAAAUGACCGAUUUGGCCAGACAGAGCAGAAAUAGGAAUGCCUCUCUCUCUUCUCUAACAACAUAUGAUAACGAUGAUAAAACAGUCUGGCAGGAAUUUCGGAGGGACCUCUGCACAUCAGGCUUCAGGAGUUCAGAUAUCAGGCAGUUCGCCCCGGCGCUCAAGACCUUCCUUAGACAACUUCAAAGCACUGGAUAUCUAGAUGAAGAAAAUCCCCAAGAAUUCUCGUCCAGUCCUUCGCCACAGCGAUCACCUAGUGUAGAUCGCGAAACCCAGCGGCAAACACCCUUUACGGAUAUAUGGAUUCAGCUCGCUAAUGAGAAUCAAUACGUGGACGAGGCCCGAGUAGACGGAAAAGGGAAACAGCGCAGUACAAGCCAGUACUCUUUGCCAAAUAACUUGCCAUCCGAAAAUAUUCCAGAACAUGACAGUCAACCAAAGCACCCUUCCACAGAACAUUUGCAGAGCUUUAUAGGGAACAAGAGGUUGACAAAUGAGCAACCUCAAUUCACUGACAACGAAAUAACUUCUGGUGAUGAUGAGGACUGCUCUGACCUGUACUCGGAAUCAAGUGGAGAUGAAGUCGAGGCUGCCGGAGAGCUCUUAGCGGAAGGAUCUGACAUCAGCAUUUCUUGCACUGAUAUCGCAACUCAACUAUUCAAGGCAUCACUCAAUGGCCGCUUCCAGGAAGUCGACCUACUUCUUAUGAGAGGAGUUGAUAUAACAGCUACAGAUGAAGAAGGGUGGACAGCACUUCAUUAUGCGUCACUUGGAGGCCAUGCUGAAAUUGUCGAACUUCUCAUGGCGAACGGAGCGGAGUUUACGAUCACAGAUGAAGAAGGGUGGGCACCUUUACAUUGCGCUUCAGACCGAGGUCACGUCGAUGUUACCAUCCUACUCCUGAGGAACGGAGCCGAUGUGACGGCUAUGGAUAAAUCCAUGAUAACGCCACUGGAACGGGCGAAGCUUAGGGAACACGUCGAACUCGCCGAACUUCUCCAGGAGUCUUUCCGUUCUCUCGGGGGAAUAUCUCAAGCGAACGUGUUCUAG